CAAAGGAUCCCGCCCGGCAGAAAGAUGGCGUCCCGCAAGGAAGGCACCGGCGGCCCCACCGCUUCUUCCGGCUCCACCGCCGGCUCCGCGGGCAAAGGCAAAGGCAAGGGGGCCACCGGAGACUCGGCCGUGAAGCAGGUGCAGAUCGACGGCCUGGUGGUAUUAAAAAUAAUAAAACAUUAUCAAGAAGAAGGACAAGGAACAGAAGUUGUUCAAGGAGUGCUUUUGGGCCUGGUUGUGGAAGAUCGGCUUGAAAUUACCAACUGCUUUCCUUUCCCCCAGCAUACAGAGGAGGAUGCUGAGUUUGAUGAAGUCCAAUAUCAGAUGGAAAUGAUGCGGAGCCUUCGCCAUGUCAACAUUGAUCAUCUCCAUGUGGGUUGGUACCAGUCCACGUACUACGGCUCGUUCGUCACCCGCGCGCUCCUGGACUCUCAGUUCAGUUACCAGCACGCCAUUGAAGAGUCUGUCGUUCUCAUUUACGAUCCCAUAAAAACUGCCCAAGGGUCUCUGUCACUGAAGGCAUACAGACUGACUCCUAAGUUGAUGGAAGUUUGUAAAGAGAAGGACUUUUCUCCUGAAGCAUUGAAAAAGGCAACUAUCACCUUUGAGCACAUGUUUGAAGAAGUGCCGAUUGUAAUAAAAAAUUCACAUCUAAUCAACGUCCUAAUGUGGGAGCUUGAAAAGAAGUCAGCUGUUGCGGAUAAACAUGAGCUGCUCAGUCUUGCCAGCAGCAAUCACUUGGGGAAGAAUCUGCAGUUGUUGAUGGACAGAGUGGAUGAAAUGAGCCAAGAUAUAGUUAAAUACAACACGUACAUGAGGAAUACAAGUAAACAACAGCAACAGAAACAUCAGUAUCAGCAGCGACGCCAGCAGGAGAAUAUGCAGCGGCAGAGUCGAGGGGAACCUCCGCUCCCGGAGGAGGACCUUUCUAAACUUUUCAAACCACCGCAGCCGCCGGCCAGGAUGGACUCGCUGCUCAUUGCAGGCCAGAUUAACACUUACUGCCAGAACAUCAAGGAGUUCACUGCCCAGAAUCUGGGGAAACUCUUCAUGGCCCAGGCACUCCAGGAGUAUAACAACUGAGGGGCAGUUCCCGG